GUGUGCGGAGUAUCUUUACUUAAAGAUGUUGCGAGAAGAUCUGGAAAUAGCACUCAAGCCAGCAGGCUGUGCAAUAGCUUUUCCUAAGAGGUAUGAAAGACACAACAAAGUGUUGGAGAACGAACACAAUUCGGACUUUACCCUCGGUAUCGGUGUACUACAGGCCUGCUCUUCGGGUUGGGAUGUGGCCCUUAAAGAACUACCUAAGAGUAAGGUAAGCGCUGAUCCUCGUCCUACGUUAAAAUGCAGAAAACGUAACAAAAGCCCCAAUUUGGUACUGGACAAUGGUCAGGAGAAUCCAAAUAAUAAGAAAAAGAAGGGCGAUAAUUCUGUGGUAAGGAGUCGGGAGUCCCGGGUAUUCAGAAACAGCCAGAUGAAAAAGUUUAAGAAAAAGAUACUGGCAAAGGAUGAUGAGACAGGUGAGUCCCUCAUGAGUCCUGAUAGAGAAAAAAGAAAAUUGAAGCGAAAGGCAGAGAAAUGUAGCCCACAUGCAGCUGACGAGCUCAUGAACAUUGUUGAUGUUCAGAAUGAUGAUAACAAAGUCAAAAACCCACCUAAGAAGCGUCACUCAAAGAAGACCAGAAGGAAUAAGAAAUCCCUUGAGGAAAGAUCUUUGGAAGAUGAGUUGAUGACUGAGUUAGAAAACUUUCACAUUGGAUCAAAUUCAAAUGUUUCAACUGAGACACUCUCGGCUGCUCCGAAAAAUCUAAAGAGAAAGCACAGGAACUCACAACUAAAUGCAACACCAACAACUGGUUCAGACGUCUUGGAUGUGAAUCAUAACACUUUCAACUUAAAAAAGCUUGUUAAAUGGACAAAGAGGCACUGGAACAAAGAUCAGAAGGGUGCAACGCUGGCUAGCAGCCUGAACUCCUCGGUAGAAGUCCACAACCUGCCGGCGGUCAUGAGUUUAGUGUUCCAGCAGCUGCUGUUCGAAGUAUUUGACAAGUACGGGCAGAUCACACAUGUUGGGCCUGUUGUAAUGCACCAGUCUGCGGAGGGCGAAUGUACCUUCAGCACCACCAUCUACUUUGAGACGGAGACUGCCGCUACUAAGAAUGAUUUCACUUAG